AUGGACCCUCUCAUCCAUAAUCACCAUCUUCAUCUAAAUAACACCACCACCACCACUACCAAUUCCACCCAAUUCCAAUAUGAACAACACCAUCCUUCAAUCCAUAAACCAGUAGUGGUUCUUCAACAGCAACAACAACCUUUUACUCAACCUAUUCAUCAUAUUCAACAGCAGCAGCAGCAGCAGCAGCAGCAGCAGCAAAAGCAAAAGCUAAGUUAUAACCAGCACGUUCUUCAUUGCCAACAACAGAUACAGCAACACCAACAACCACAGAUUAUUCCUGAACCACCAGUAUAUUAUCACAAUAAUUAUGCUGCUGCUUUAUCUGCUUAUGCUAAUUAUGCUAAUGGUUCUGUCAAUGGUUCUGUCAAUGUCCCUCCCCCUACUACUGCUACUGCUACUGCUGCUGCUACUACUGCCUCUGCCUCUGUCUCUGCCUCUACUUCUGUCUCUGCCUCUGUCUCUGCCUCUACUUCUGUCUCUGCCUCUGUCUCUGCCUCUACUUCUGUCUCUUCUUCUGCCUCUGCCAAUGUUACAACUACCACCAACCCAUCUCAGGCCUCUCUAGCUGUCCAACAAGUUUCCUCUUCCUCGUCCUCUUCAUCUUCAACAACCCCAACCUACUAUGCUGCUACUGCUCCUGCCCAAUCUUCAACUCCAAUCUCGGCUCCAGUUCAAGCCCAACUUCAAACCCUUACCUCUGUUUCUGCUUCGGUUUCUGCUCCAACCCAAGCUUCUCAACAAAACCCUCCUCCACCAGCAGCAAUGGCUUGGGAACGACAACAACUCUCUCACACCCUCUCCCAAAGCCAGGCUCCACCUGGAUACUCCUUCGCUCCACCUUCUCUCCGCCGUAAACGUGACUUGGCAGAGUCCUUUGCUGUUGAAGAUGACUAUCGUGAUGAUGUUCUUGAACGCUUGCUUGCCCUUGAAAAAGAAACUCUCCCUGACCCAGCCAUGAUUGCUACCCAGCCGGAAAUCAAGUGGCACAUGCGGCCCCACCUCCUCGACUUUCUCUUUAAAACCCAUAAGGGCUUGCGUCUCAAUGAGGAAACUCUCUUCCUUGCUGUCAACAUUAUCGACCGUUAUUCAUCCCAGCGCAUCGUCUUUAAGCGCCAUUAUCAGCUUCUCGGUUGCACUGCUUUGUGGAUUGCUUCCAAAUAUCAUGACAAGAAGGCCAUGGUCCCCACUCUCGAGGAACUUAAGUUACUUUGUUCAAAAGUUUACGACUCCCACAUGUUUACUCAGAUGGAGCUCCAUAUUCUAAACACUCUCAAUUGGAAUGUCGGCCACCCUACUGUUGAUGUUUUCCUUGAUAUGUGUAUUGGUCAUUCGGAGUCCAUGUCCCAGUAUCCUGAUACUCUCCGUUGCGCAGCCCUUUACCUUUGUAAGGUAGCUACCAUCCACCGACCUUUCCUUGCCUUUAAGCCUUCAGUCAUUGCUUCGGCUUCAUUUAAGGCAGCUACCUUGGUGUUGACUGAUGGAAAGGAAGAUCUCCCUGCUGCUGACGUCUCAGAGGCUCAAUGCAUUGCUCUUUUGCUUGAAUAUUUGGUUGCAGCCACACCUGCACUAGAGUUAAUUUACUCUACUUGGGAAAUGUUUAUUGUUUUCCAUCGUAUGGAUAAGUUUUAUACUAUACGCCAACAACAACAACAACAACAACAACAUAACCUCCCAGCUUCCAAUAGCCCAGUUACUCCAGAGCAGCCAACAUUUGCAGACAUUACGCCAGCAGUUACUCCUAUGCAUAAACAACCUUCGGAGGUCCUGGCGUCCUCCUCCUCCUCUUCUUCUUCUUCUUCUUCUUCAUCUUCUUCUACUUCCACUUCCACACCUUACUCUUUGCAUUAUCCCCCUCCACCCAAACUACAACAGCAGCUGCCUCAUAAUGGGUACAUGACUCCUCCAUUUACACCUGAGGAGCAAAACCCUUCGCCUCAAAAAGUUUCUGUGACUGUUGUUUCUUCAGCAGCAGCAGCAGCAGCAGCACAAUCAGCAGCAACAUCGGCAACUUUAGCGUCCAACUCUAGUACUAUCACCAUGGCUGCAUCCACUUGCUCAAGAUCUGCCACGACAUCUUCUGCUCCUACUACUUCUAUUGCUGCGUACUAUCCUCCUCAUUUGGAGGCGUCGCGUGUCCUUGCUCUCCAGAACGUUGUUGCUCAAUCUUCCCAGACCCAAACUGUGUUUGUUGGGAUUGAAGACUACAAUGAGGAUGAUGACGGGGAUUAUGAAGCUACUAGUGAUUAUGAGAAUGAUGACGAUGACUCUGAUGAUGAGUACAUGGAUGCGGAUGAUAUGGAUGAGGUCAUGAUGGAUCUUGAUGAGGAUUUCCGCGUCAGAGACGUGGCAGUUCCUCGACCCAAUACUAAUGGUAUUACUGACGCCAAUUCUUCUGCAGUCCUUUGGGCAAACUAUCACCACGGACACGAGCAGCGCCAUGUUCCGUAUUAA